AUGGCGCCUCCCCAUACCAGGGUCGCCAUUAUUGGCUCCGGCCCUGCUGCUCACACCGCUGCCAUUUACCUAUCCCGUGCGGAACUCAAGCCCGUUAUGUAUGAGGGCUUCCUUGCCGGUGGCACCGCGGCGGGCGGUCAAUUAACAACAACUACCGACGUGGAGAACUACCCGGGCUUUUCCAAGGGUAUUAGUGGCACAGAGUUAAUGGAAGAGAUGAAGGCACAAUCUCUCCGGUUUGGUACCGAAAUCAUCACCGAGACAAUCACAAGGGUCGACCUACAAUCACGGCCGUUUCGUUUGUGGAGAGAAUACCAAGAUGGAGAAUCCGAUGAACCGGCGCACACGGCCGAUGCGGUCAUCAUCGCGACAGGCGCAAAUGCGAGGCGCUUACAUUUACCCGGUGAGGAGACAUAUUGGCAAAAUGGUAUAUCUGCCUGCGCAGUCUGUGACGGCGCUGUCCCCAUCUUCCGCAACAAACCGCUCGUCGUGAUCGGGGGAGGCGAUUCUGCUGCAGAGGAGGCCAUGUUUCUGACCAAAUACGGCUCCCACGUCACCGUGCUGGUCAGGAGGGACAAACUGCGAGCCUCCAAAACCAUGGCAAAACGCUUGUUGGCGAAUCCUAAGGUGACAGUCAAGUUUAACCACGUCGCAGUCGAGGUGCAGGGAGAAGACAAACCUCGGGGACUGAUGACACAUCUAAAAAUCAGAAACGUGGUCACCAAGGAAGAGGAAGUCCUGGAAGCCAGUGGCUUGUUCUAUGCCGUUGGCCACGACCCAGCAACUGCGAUCUUCAAGGGUCAAAUGGACACAGACGAGGAUGGUUACAUUCUGACAACGCCGGGCACCAGCUAUACCAGUAUCUCGGGUGUGUUUGCGGCUGGAGACGUGCAGGACAAACGAUAUCGUCAGGCCAUCACCAGCGCCGGAAGCGGAUGCAUAGCUGCUCUUGAGGCGGAGAAGUACUUGGCCGAGUUAGAGGAUUCUGAACUGGACCUUGAAAAGGAGAAGCAGGCGAAGAAACCAGAGAUCAAUGGCGAAUCCGCCCCAGAGUAUCGAUCCAACCCGCUGCUUUAA